CAGCAGUUUCCAUGGUUACAGCAAGUCGACUGCGCUCGGCUAUGACAUCAGAGCGCCUGUAUUAUGGUGUCCGGGUUCAAGAUGGGAACUGGUAGAGACCAAGAGCUCGGAACUCAGAGUGGCGAGGAAGAAGAUGGCGAGGAGAGAAUCUCGGUGAAUCCAUGGAACAUAAUGAUUAAACACCGCCAGGUUCAGCGUAGAGGACGGCGGUCUCAUAUGUCAGUCAGUUUUACAGACCCAGCUGUUUCCAUGGAUCUAUUGCGUGCUGUCUUACAGCCAACAAUAAAUGAGGAGAUACAAAGUGUCUUCAAUAAGUACAUGAAGUUUUUCCAGACAGCUGCUGUAAAUGUGAGGGAGAAUAUUGGGGAGCAGGUGGAUCCAGAACAGCUCAUCCGUGAAACCUGUCGCAGCUGCCUUGAGCAGGCCAAGGUUCUUUUUUCUGACAAGGAUAAAUCGAUACCUAAGCAAGCCACAGAACUGUCACUUAUGAAGAGACCUCGACAAAUAGAAGAGGAUGUGUCCUUGAGGAGGAGCCCUGUGCCAAAGAAGAGGAAAGGAAGACCACCUGCAAACUCUGUGUACAGUGACCGGACUUCCUCAGGGCUCACAACGAUGAAACUCAAAGCCUCUGAGCAGAUUCGAAGGGAGGGACCAAAGUGGGAUCCAGACAGGUUAAAUGAGAGUACCACCUUUGUCCUUGGAUCUCGUGCUAACAAGGCCCUUGGAAUGGGAGGAACAAGGGGACGGAUUUACAUCAAACAUCCUGAGAUUUUUAAGUAUGCGGCUGAUCCACAGGACAAGCAGUGGUUGACGGAACAACAGCACAUGAGAGCCACAGGCGGAAAAAUGGCAUAUCUUCUAAUAGAGCAAGACAUUCUUGACUUGGCAUCAAAUGAUGAUUACAGGGAUUCCACGGAGCUGAGGCUGGAUGAGCUGAAGCCAUUUGUUGCUCCCAUCUGGAUGAUUGAAAAAAUGAAGAAAUACAUGGAAUUUCAGCGGACAGAGCAAGAGUGAUUUUAUUGUCUACAACCCCAGAAGUCUCAUGGUGGAGAAUGUAAAACUGAACCGUUACAGGUGGCAGCUAAACUAUGGAACACAACCCUGUUACUGCAGUUUAGCGAAUAUAUUGGCUUCUUCAAAUACAAUCUAAUCCUCAAGGAGAUACCUUUUGAUCACACAGAGUUGCAUGGCACUAAUAAUGUAACAAGUUUAAAAAAGAAAAAGAAAAUAAAAAAAUUAGGACAAUAUAAACAUUGUAAUAAAAUGUUUUUAAAAUGUGAAA